AUGGGGAUCCAAGGCAUGGAGCUGUUUGCCAUCGGCGUGGUUAUCAUUCUUUUCAUGGCAGUUCUCAAGCAGUUUGGCAUCCUGGAGCCGAUGUCCUCUUUUGAAGACAGCAGCGACAGUGAUUUGGAGCUGUCGACAGUGCGUCACCAGCCGGAGGGGCUGGACCAGCUGCAGGCUCAGACCAAGUUCACCAGGAAGGAGCUUCAGUCCCUCUACAGAGGCUUUAAGAACGAGUGUCCCAGUGGGUUGGUUGAUGAGGAGACAUUCAAGACCAUCUAUUCUCAGUUCUUUCCCCAAGGAGAUGCAACCACCUAUGCUCACUUCCUGUUCAACGCAUUUGACAUCGACAGAAAUGGCUCGAUCCGCUUUGAGGACUUUGUCAUCGGCCUGUCUGUGUUGCUCAGAGGCUCGGUCACUGAGAAGCUCAACUGGGCCUUUAACCUCUAUGACAUUAAUAAAGAUGGCUAUAUCACCAAAGAGGAGAUGCUCGCGAUUAUGAAGUCAAUCUAUGACAUGAUGGGGAGGUACACCUAUCCAUGUGUGAGAGAUGAGGCUCCCUCUGAACACGUGGACAAGUUCUUCCAGAAAAUGGACAAAAACCGAGAUGGUGUAGUGACCAUUGAGGAGUUCAUCGAGACCUGUCAGAAGGACGAGAACAUCAUGAACUCCAUGCAGCUGUUUGAGAAUGUGAUUUAA